GGCAAAUGUUUUAGUCAAUUAUUCACUUUGCAAUAGCUUAUUGUUCAGUUUGUGUUUCCAAACUCUCCCCCAAAAAAUGAAAUUCUUGAUUGUUGCAGCUCUACUGGUGGCCACCGUUUCGGCCAAGUCCGUAAAAAUUAACAGCCUCAGCAACUGCGGAGGCGCUGGAGCACCAAUUCGUUUCUCUGGAACAAUUCUCACCGAUCCCGUUCCCGUCCCUGGCAAUAUGAAUAUGGAUUUGACGACUGUUACCACAGUCGCAGCCAGCGCCGCCGAUGGUUUGACGCUUCGUAAAGUCACCACACGCACCACCGACAACUUCCAAGUUCCCUGCUUGAAUGGCAUCGCUGGUACUUGCACCGUUGAUUUCUGCACCGCCAUCGACACUUACCCAGAAUACGUGUGCUCACUGUUCCCCGCUGAUGUUCCAUGCUCAUGCCCCAUCGCUGCUGGUACCUACUACGCUCCGGAGGCUUUCGUUACCUUUGAUGCCGUUUGGCUCGGCAUCGAUGGAGGAGUUGCUGGUGACUAUGCCACUCGCACGGAAAUCGUUUCCGCUCUUGGCGCACCCAACGAGCUCGUCUUGGGCUGCAUUGACCUAACCUACACCCUGUCUGCUGCCUAAAAUAUCUUGACCCGUGUGAACUUCUUUUUGACUAUUUUCUUACUUUGAUUUUUUUUUUUGCUGCGAUGUCCAUGAAGAACUGAAAUAAAUAGUAGAUCAAA